AAUCUCAACACUGUCGCUACUCGUGUUUCAACUGCGUGUUCUGUCUUGUGUUCAGAAAUGUGUUAGUAACUAUUAGAUUUAGGUUGGCUCUAAUUUGAACCCAAGGGUGUAUCAUUUGAUGUCUGACGACCACAAAUAAAUAAUUUUAUUGUCACUUGUUUUACGGACGGGAAGUUAAGUUCUUACGUGGUUUGCAUUUCUCAAACUUUGUUGUGUUCUUAAGCAAAAGAAGUGUCAUUUUUGAUUCAAAGAACCUGUCUUGAGAUAAACGUUCGUUAGUUUCCUUUUUAAAUUUUACCCAAGUUAAUAGUUGAAUGUAAUCUUACCUCAGCUUACUAUUCUGUUUUCACAGUUUUCCGCAGUUCAUUACCUAAACACGCGAUUAAAGCUUUAUUCGUCAGUGUGUUCUAAAGAGAUUUGGAUCAACUGAGACCACCAUUCCCAAGACUAACACACGCCACACAGCCUCCUGUCUUUUCCAAAAUAAAACUGAUUCAACCUUAGUAAGUAGGACAUUUUCAAGGUCACUGAAGCAUCGUUCGAAGGUUGUCCAUAAAUUAGUCUCACUGAUAUACGUUAGAAGGCUGGUCCUAGGUACCAAUCUAAUCUUCCGAAAUGGCGCUAAACUAUCUUUCUAACUUAGAAGUUAGGUCAUAAAGCCUAACUCACGUCUAAUUGUGAUUUUUUGAAUGACGUUUUGUUAUAAUUCAGACCAAUACUGUAAUGACUAUCAUCAUCAGUAGAACAUAAGAUAGAAAUGUGUGCGUUAUCCUUAGACCCUGUAUUUUUCACCACUAAACAUUACGGUUUUAAACCACAAAAUGACUUUUUUACAGGCCGGUUCAUUUGUUUUGAAAUUCUGUUUGUUGCCUUUCUGUAUAAGUUUAUAAAAUAUCUUGAUUCCUUAUUCUUUUUUAUGUAUUAAUUAGGUUGAUUAUUUAUAUAUAGCCUGUGAAAAGUGCAUAUAUUCGACUCAUUUUAUUCUGCACUCGUAUAUCAGUCGCCCUGUUAACAUCUAGUGAAAAUUUAUCGUAACAUGGAAGUAGAUAAAUACACGUUAAUUGUCCAGAAUCUUCAGGAGGUAGUAGGUGAUGAUGAACUUCGAAGUCUUUUAAAGAAACCAAAUUCAUCAGUAUCUGUGUAUUGGGGUACUGCAACAACUGGUAGACCUCAUAUAGCAUACUUUGUUCCAAUUAUUAAGUUGGCUGAUAUGCUGAGAACCGGUGCAAAAGUCACUGUACUCUUUGCUGACUUACAUGCAUAUCUAGAUAACAUGAAGGCCCCAUGGUAUUUGCUUUGUCUUCGUACAAAUUAUUAUGAAGCUGUUAUAAAAGGAAUGUUCCGUUCAAUUUGUGUCCCAUUAGACCGGCUACAUUUUAUACGUGGAUCUGAUUACCAGUUAACUGAAGAAUAUUCUGUGGAUGUAUAUCGUUUAAUGGCUUUAACAUCAGUUCAUGAUGCACGUAAAGCUGGUGCAGAGGUUGUUAAACAAGUUAGUAAUCCACUUGUAUCUGGAUUAUUAUAUCCUUUAUUACAAGCAUUGGAUGAAGUACAUUUAAAAGUUGAUAUUCAAUUCGGUGGUGUAGACCAACGGAAAAUAUUUAUGUUAGCUGAAAAGUAUUUACCUCAUCUUGGUCAUAAGAAACGAAUACAUUUAAUGAAUCCAAUGGUUCCAGGAUUGACAGGGGGAAAGAUGUCCUCUUCAGAAAUCGACUCAAAAAUUGAUCUACUUGACCCACCGGAGUUUAUUGCCAGUAAAUUAGCAUCAUCUGUUUGUCCACCGAAUAUGACGGCUGAACAAGGCAAUGGAGUUUUGGCAUUUUUAAAAUAUGUUAUAUUUCCUUUAGUACCAAUGAGAACAGGAUUAUCAAUUCCUCGAACUCCGAAACCUUAUUUUAAUUAUACUGAAGUAGAGAAAGAUUAUCUUAUGAAUAAAAUUCCAUCGGAUUCAUUAAGAAAUGUUGUUACAGAAUGUUUAAAUGGAUUGUUGGUGACUAUUCAAAAUGAUUUUAAAGAUCCUGAACUUCAAGAACUUGUACGUAACGCAUAUCCUACGGUAGAUGGAAUUAGUUCAGCGAAUGCCAAGCUUGAAGAAGUUCCAACUAUGUUUACAAAUGAAAAAUCUACUAUUCUACAAGAAAUAGAUAACAGAGUCAAUGACAUGCCAAAAAUUACUGAUCAUUCGAAUUUAUUGGAUUCAUUUGAAAAAGAAUUUGUGGGAUGUACAUCACUUCUGGAGAAACGUCUUAAUCAAACUAAUCGCCUACGAUGUUUAUGGUCAGUUACACCGAUUGGUUUACCACAUCUUGGCUAUUCAAUCCCGAUGAGAUCACUUGCUCGUUUAUCACGAUUAGAUGGUGUUUAUGUCAUUGUAUUAAUUAACAAUAUCUCAGCUCAUUUACGUGGUUCCAUUCCAUGGGAUGUGAUUAAACAACGUGGUGAAUUUUGUCGUGUAAUUUUAACUGGCUUAUUCACUGCUCUUGGUGGUAACCUGAAUCAAUUUAGCUGUAUACUUGGUAGCGAUUUUCAAUUACAUUCGGAAUAUAUGUUAAAUUUCUAUCGUUUAGUGAGCUUAGUUCCAGAAACAGAUUGUUUAAUAUCAAGUAAAUUAUCUGAAUUCGACAAUACAAAUCAAUCAACUAUAAAUCAUAAUCUUGAUGCUAAUAAUAAUAAUACUGAACUAAUUAAUGAUUCAUCUAUUCGACCUUCUACACUUGGUGAAUUAUUAAUACCUUGUUUAGAUUUAAUUGAUACUAUACAAUUAUCUGCAGAUAUUCGUUUGGCUAGUAUACAACAAAUACAAAAACGUCAAAUUUUUCAAUCUAAAUUCCUACGCCAUUUUCCCAAUUCUUUUGAAACUAUCCAUCUUACACAUCCAAUACUCAUUAGUCUUCAAGCUCCAACUAAUCAAAUUGGUGAAUUAUCAUCAUUUCCUCCAAUGAAAUCAUGUCCUUUAUCAUCUCGCUGUACAGGUCCAGCAUCGGCUAAAACACUAGCAGCAUUGCUUGAAGAUAAUUAUCUACCUUUAAUUGAACCACCUUUACAUGGAUCCUCAGAAAAAUCCCCACUGUCUGGUUUAAAACGUCGAAUUAAACGUGCAUUUUGUCAACCGAAUAAUGUUGAUAUAAAUCCUAUAUUGGAUAUAUGCCGUUGGGUAUUAAUUCCAGAUUUCUCGCCUGGAGAACCUUUUAUUAUUCCACGUUCAGAGAAAAAUGGUGGUCCAUUGCAUAUUAAAUCUCAGUCAUCUACACUUAAUGAAUGGGAUUUAUUAAAACAAUACUUUUCUAAUGGUACAUUACAUCCAGCUGAUUUAAAACCAACUGUUGAAUAUUUAUUAUCAAUACAAAAUACUAAUAGUUUAGCUAAUCGACUUAAACAAUCAUUACCAGAUUGGAAUGAAUUAAUGGUAUUAUUAAAUGAAGCAUUUCCUUUAAGUAAAUCUCAAAAUAAUAAAAUAAAUAAUAAAUUAUCAAAAAAUCAUUCAAUGUUAGACAAUACUGAACAUAAGCCAAAUCUCGAUAAUCAUCACCAUCAGCAACAACAACAUCAGCAGCAGAUUAUAUCUCCUGAAGGUUCUUGUAAAUCAGAAGAAAUUGCCCCAAAAUUAAGCAGCAGUAAAUUGUCAUCACCAUCAUUACCAGUGAAUUCAACUGAUGAACUCAAUCCAAAUCGUUUGGACAUCCGAGUUGGUUUAAUCUUAUCUGUUAAAAUACAUCCAAAUGCUGAUAGUUUAUUUAUUGAAGAAGUGGAUUUUGGUUCAAGUAUUGGUAAACGUACAGUGAUUAGUGGAUUAGUUGGUGUUUAUCCUAUGGAAAAAUUACUCAAUUGUUAUGGUAUAUUUGUGAUUAAUUUAAAACCAGUGAAAAUUCGUGGAAUUGAAUCUCAGGCUAUGUUACUUUGUGCUUCAUAUACUGAGAAGAGUUCAUCACUUUUAAAAGUACAACCAAUUCAUUUAUCAAAUAAACAAAAUCCUAUAUUAGGUGAACGUUUUGUCUUUCAUUCAUUAGUUGAUAAUUCUAAAUCAUCAUCAUCAUCAUUAUCAUUUAGAGAACCAGAUAAAUUAUUAUCAUCUAAAACAAAAUUAUGGGAACAAUUAUGUCCAGAUUUAUCAACAUCUAUUAAUCAAUAUAUUCAAUGGCGUGAUUGGAGAUUAGGUUCAAUAUGUGGUAAUAAAUGGAUUAUUGUAUCAGAUGAUGUUCCACCUGGUUCAACUGUACGUUAAAUGUUAACAAUGAAAAGAAGAAUAUAUAAUGAAUACAAUUAGGAGUUAUUUUAUGCUUAUGUUUAUUUCACAUUCUGUAUCAUUUUCAACUUCAUACAAAUAAAAAUUAUUUUCUUUGG